GUUACUAAACGCAGACGUCACAAUCAUACGGAGACUGCAUAACCUCAAACUACGUUAUGAAAACGUAAAUAAACACAUAUUACAAUAUAUUCUGAACAAAAAUGCUGAAUAUAUCAAAUAUAUAUAGAAAUGCUUGUGUUUCUACUUACAUAGCACAACAAGUACGAUUCAAGACUAAAAUACAUUGGGCUAAACUAAAAAAGAAGACGGGUCCUAAAUAUAAGGCUUUAAAUCAUUUCGAUGAAUUUUAUGGGUCGGUCUUUGGUAAUAAAUGGCAGCCAAUGCGUGAAGCUUUAUUACGGCGAUCGAAGUAUGUAGCCGUUGUAAACAAUUAUGGUGACACUGAGAAGACCAUGGAUGAACUUACAAAUAGAGGCGCACAUUGCUUAAAGAAGUUAAUAUCAGUACAGCAAGAAUACCACAAGCAAUAUGACAAAACACCACCAGAAGUGAAAACAGAACAACAGUCUCCAAGAAUAGAAGCAUUCAUGGAGAGGCAGCGAACAGAGGAAAUAUCCAAUAUUUAUCCUAAUGCAGAUAAUAUACCUGAGAAGUUGGAUAUUGGUGGAGAAGAAGAGAAUUUUCUGAAGAAAAAGAAAGAACCAGUGGCCUACCAAAAUAGGACUCUUGAAGAAUCAAUAGCUGAAGCCAAAAUAGAUGAAUCGAGGAUAAUAGACCCAUCUCUUGGAAUCACAUCGGAGUCUUUGUAUCAGUUCCUGCCGGCCACCAAACUGAAGGGGAUGGAUGACUGGGUUCCAGAGUCACAACACUACUCGUAUUUCUCAAAAGACAAUGACUUCCCUUUGGUUAUUGAACCGGAAGCAGAGCUCAAUUACCCGGAACAUUUAAAAGUAUACACAUAUGAAAUGGACAGUGAGUCCACCAGCUUUCCAGAGCCGAAACGAUCGCAAACAGGUGUUUACAACUAUUAUCCCAUGGACUGUGGGAGUGUGCUUGCCGUCUUAGCUCUGGGUCUCAAUCCUGGCGAUAGGGUGCUGGACCUCUGCUCGGCGCCCGGGGGCAAAGCCCUAGUCGCGCUUCAGACGUUACUGCCAGACGUCAUCAUAUGCAAUGAUGUCUCUAUAUCCCGGUCAAAUAGGACACAGAAAAUAUUCCGGGACUAUCUUAUAGAUUUUGAGACGAGCAACAAAUGGCGCGAGAGAGUCAUCUUAAAGAGGGUCGACGGCCGCAAUUUUGUUGAUGACCAUGGCUUUGAUAAGGUUCUAGUAGAUGUCCCGUGCACAACUGACCGGCAUUCAGUCAACGAAGACGAGAACAACAUGUUCAGACCUGACAGGAUAAAGGAGAGGUUGAGGAUACCGGAAAUGCAGUCACAGUUACUUGUUAACGCCUUAAAGCUGGCGAAGGUUGGUGGCACGGUGGUGUACUCGACGUGUUCCCUCAGCCCCAUACAGAACGAUGGCGUCGUGCACAUGGCGCUCAAAUAUGCCUUUGAAACGCACGGACUUGUGGCCGCUGUCAAAGACUUGACAAUACCGAUGGUAGGUUUCAGCAGCACGCUAGUGUUGGGCAGUGACUCCGCGCGCCCGAAGUACGGCCAGCUCGUCACGCCAUCUAUCGGCGCGAACUUCGGACCUUCAUAUAUCGCUAAACUUGUUCGAGUGCGAUAGAUGUCGAACUUGGCUAAACGCACUGCCGAUUGCCUAUACUAAAGAGUUCGUUUUAGUGGCAGCAAUAAACUUGUUUAAAAGGCUUUUAAA